UAUGACACGCUACUAGUCUCGUGCAGUCACGUGAUUGUCAUCAGCAGUUCAGUGUGACGCUCGUCAGCUGACGUUCAGUCGACCUUCUACUGCGGGAGAUACGGACAUCCAAACAUCUCCAUCCGCAGUGUCUCAAAUAUACCUCUUAUUGAAGUAUGGCGAGCCAGUCUCAGGGCAUCCAGCAGCUGCUGCAGGCCGAGAAAAGAGCCGCAGAAAAGGUCGCUGAAGCCCGUAAAAGGAAGAAUCGGCGUCUGAAGCAGGCCAAAGAGGAGGCACAGGCCGAGAUUGAGCAGUACCGUCUGCAAAGGGAGAAAGAGUUUAAGACAAAGGAGGCUGCGGCACUAGGGUCCCAUGGAAACUCUGCUGUAGAGGUGGAUAAGGAGACCAUUGAUAAGAUGAGACGCAUCCAGAGCAGUUUUCAGCAGAAUAAGGAGGCUGUGCUUGGAAACCUGCUGAAGAUGGUGUGCGACAUUAAGCCAGAGAUCCACGCCAAUUACCGCGUCUCUGGAUAAACAGCUCUGUCCAACCACCACAUCCGUUACAAUCUCUAAAGGCCCACAAAGCACUGAGACAAAGACUGCUACUGGACAUAUCACGUUACAAUCAUAAUAUUAAAAAUCAUUGGACUACUCUGCUUAAUAAAAACACUUUUUAUCUGUUUUGCAACAACACAUUUCCUGCGAUUUAAACAGAUAUUCAUUGAUGCAUAAACCAAUCAAUGGUCUUGUACUUUAUAUACACAUUUCGGCAGUAUUUUUUCAUUUGUUUGCAUAUAUCUUUGAUAUGAACCAAUGCAAGUCUUUGUCUCUGCUCUUUUGGUUAACUGUAGUAUUGUCUGGUUUAUCAGAGUGAGCUUCUUUCUUUGUGAAUGAUACCUUUAAAUGUUUGUAUGAGUGUCUGUAUUUUGAUGCAAUGUUCUUAAUUUAUAAGUAAUCAGAUGUUAUUGUUUUAUCUAAUUGAUGUAUACACAGUUUAAUUUUUUUCAACGGCUCUUUUGUGACAAAGCUCAUUGUCUCAUACAAUUAUCUUAAUGUAGUAAUAGUAAUUAAAUUAGCUCCACAAUUCCUCUCUGUGCUCUUGUUCUGUAUAUGUUGGUGGCAUUCCUCUAUUUGAACCUGCUGUGAAAAUGUAAUAAAUGUCUAUGUGUACAAAUGGAUCCACACAA